GGCUUCCUUUCGCGCCUGAGGGACAAACGGAGCCGGAAAUGUCAGAGGCGUCUGCGGCUCAGCUGGUGGCCGGCUCGGUUCCUUCCUGCGGAGAGCCGGACUUCCUCCGCCUGAGGAGUAGGCAGCCGGGAGUCCCCGGGAGAAGCCUCGGGAAAGAUUCUUGCUGAACGGAAAGCCCGUAGUCCUUGGUUCGGGGCCCAGCAGUAACCCGGCGAGGAGCGGGGACCGCCAGAGGAUGCGACCGGGGAGUGCCCAGCCCCGUCUCUGUCGGAUGUAAUCCUCUUAUGAACCAAUACAUGCUGGUUGGAAUCAGUGAACAAUAAUGAGUGGUGCAGCUUUGGGCAUUGAGAUAGUUGUCGUCUUCUUUUUGGCAUUAAUCAUACUACAUCGAUAUGGUGACUUCAAAAAGCAGCACAAACUUGUAAUUGUUGCAACACUAUUAGCUUGGUAUCUUUGUUUUCUCAUAGUCUUUAUACUGCCUUUAGAUGUCACUACGACUAUAUACAAUCGGUGUAAGCUUGAUAUAAACGAGUCACACACGAAUCCUACCAACAGUGGAUCAGCAGUGCAACACCAAGACACUAAUCCCACUCAGAGUAAACACAAAUGUAUCAAACCAUGGAGUUAUAUCCCUGAUAGAAUUAUGCCCAUUUUCUGGCGAGUUGUAUACUGGACAUCCCAGUUUUUAACAUGGAUUCUGUUACCCUUUAUGCAGUCCUACGCUAGAUCAGGAGGUUUUUCCAUUACCGGGAAGAUUAAAACAGCGUUAAUUGAAAAUGCCAUAUAUUAUGGAACGUACCUCUUGAUUUUUGGGGCAUUCUUGAUGUAUGUAGCUAUAAAUCCAAACAUCAGCUUGCAAUGGAGUCAGCUUCAGACUAUUGGAAUAGCUGCUGCCAAUACCUGGGGCCUCUUUCUGCUUGUGUUGCUGUUAGGAUAUGGCUUAGUAGAAAUUCCACGCUCUCACUGGAAUGGAGCUAAAAAGGGCUACCUUCUCAUGAAGACCUACUUCAAGGCUGCUAAACUGAUGACCGAAAAGGCAGAUGCAGAAGAAAACCUGGAAGAUAUUAUGGAGGAGGUCCGCAAAGUAAAUGAAAGCAUCAAAUACAACCAUCCUUUGAGGAAAUGUGUGGAUACAAUAUUAAAAAAGUGUCCUACAGAAUAUCAGGAUAGGAUGGGUCGAAACAUGGAUGAUUACGAAGACUUUGAAGAAAGAUCCAAUACUUAUCCAACAGAGAAAAGCCUAGUGAAGCUUCAUAAGCAGGUAAUUUAUUCAGUUCAAAGGCAUCGUCGUACACAAGUCCAGUGGCAAAUUCUUUUAGAGCAAGCCUUUUACCUAGAAGAUGUGGCAAAAAAUGAAUCCAGUGCCACUCGUCAAUUUGUUCAUACUUUUCAAUCUCAAGAAGCCGAAAACAAAAUUAUCCAAUAUCUCUAUACACCAACUCUUGAAUGGUAUUGGGAAUGCCUUCUACAACCAUGGUUCCACAGGAUUCUCGCCAUUAUCCUGGCCAUCUUUUCCAUCGUUGUUGUGUGGUCAGAAUGCACGUUUUUCAGCCCAAAGCCAGUUCUGUCUCUCUUUGCAGUCUUCAUACGGCUAGCGGAAAAGAACUACAACUAUUUUUACAUAGAGAUGGCUUGCUUUCUUACAAUCUUUUUCCUGAGUAUCUGUGUUUAUUCUACGGUCUUCAGGAUCCGUGUAUUCAACUAUUAUUACUUAGCUUCACACCAUCAGACAGAUGCAUAUAGUUUGCUCUUCAGUGGCAUGUUGUUCUGUCGUUUGACUCCUCCACUGUGUCUGAAUUUUUUGGGCUUGACUCAUAUGGAUGCAGCAAUUUCUCAGAGAACCACGGAUCAGCCAACAGCAUAUACCUCUAUUAUGGGAUCGAUGAAAGUAUUGUCCUUCAUAGCAGAUGGCUUUUAUAUUUAUUAUCCCAUGCUGGUUGUCAUUCUCUGCAUUGCUACUUACUUCAGUUUAGGAACUCGGUGUUUGAAUCUUCUGGGAUUCCAGCAGUUCAUGGGUGACAAUGAGAUGACUUCAGACCUAAUAGAUGAAGGAAAAGAGUUAAUCAGAAGAGAAAAGAGAAAACGGCAAAGGCAGGAAGAUGGAGAUAACAGGAGACGGGAGUGGAAAGAACGGUAUGGAAACAAUCGUGAACCUUCAACAAGAAACAGAAAUAUUCAAGCAGACCAAAAAGAGUCUAGUUUCACAGAGAUCAAUACAAACAGAUUGACUUCCAAGUACACCAGGUCAAAUGGAAGGAACGAAAGGGACAGAGUAGAACUUCUUCAGGAUGCAGAACCUCUGGACUUCAAUGCCGAUUCAGUCAACGAAGAUCCUCUUGACUCUGAAUCAGGAAGGUACCAGCCUGGUGGAAGAUACUUGUCAAUGUCUCGAAGUAGAAUAUUUGAUGAUGUCUAAAGCCCCAAAUCUCUUGGAUCUCACUCUGGAAAAAACGCCCUGUCAGCAUCUCAUUCUGCAACCGAAUCAGCUUCAGUUCACAAGAGAAGAAUGUGAGGAACAAAGAACAUUUUUCCUCCAGCAAAAUGCACUUUGUAGAAUUAGUUGGCCACUUCAAGAUGGUGGUGCCUUCUCUACCUUCCCUCUCACUCCUUCAAACUUUGCGUAAGAUUUGAAUAAGAAGAGAAGGGGUGCAAAGGAGAAAGGGGUGCCAGACGGCCCAGAGACAGAAAGUUCUUGAUAUUUGGGGUUCUUCUUAUCUCAUAAUGAAGAGGCCUAGUCAACCUCAAAAGCCUCUCCUCAAUUUUAGAAGCUGUCCAUACAUAAAGAAGUAUGGUUUUGACUUAUUGAGUUGAAUCAAGGUAAAGGUAAGGCAGAUUUAGUCUUAAAAUAACAAAUGUUGGGCCCCAAAUAAAAUGGUAAAUGUGCACCUGUGGGAAGUUUUCUUUUUGGGUGGUGGUGUGGGAAGACUUCAGGUUCAAAAGAGAUUUCUAAGAUUAACACAAUUAGGUUUUCCUAAGUGCAGUUCAUUAGAUUAGCCCUAUUUGGUGCAAAUAUUUUUGGUUAGCUUCUAUUCCAGCUUUGGUAUGAUUCGUGAAAGGCCAUCCUGAUAGGUUUGGGUUCUCAAUUCAAGUUCUUGAAGACCUGGAAUGAUUUUACAGAUCUACGUAGCUUUUCUUCAAUGCCUGCCUAACAAUCACUGAACAGGAAACAGUUUAUGUUUUCUUUAUCUAUAUAGCAAAUGAUAUUUGCACGCAUAAGAAUAUUGAUAAAAUCUUAAUCAUAUCUUAACAGUUUGAAAACACAAUAUUUAACUACAUAUACUGACAUACAGCUAUAAGGGGAAAACAUCACAAAAAUGUCUUUUAAGAUUCAUUUUAAAAAGUUGCUGGUAAAAAUUAUUCAGCUAAAUUAUAUUUUUGCCAUUCUGAAUUGCAAAGUUGCAGUUUAAAGUCCAUUGCUUUAAAUGUAAUUUAAGGUUCUUGCAGUUUGGAUCUUGCCUUUUGAGAAAAUGAAUUCUUCUAGUAUGAAAAUGAAAAAAAGAUGACAUCCAGCUAUUGCCUUACAAAGGAAAUCUGUUUUAAUCAAGACCAUAUUUUUACUGCUAGAGCAGUUUUUUUCACUUGGAGAAAAAAAAGACCCCAUACCUUUUCAAAUAAAGAUCAUGAGAUUUUUCAAAAUAAUUUUCAUAGGUAUUCAUAAAUGCCAUAUAGAAAUGUGUACAGUAUUAUUGGGACCAGACAAUAUUGGAAGAUGUUAAGAAAAAAUAAGCAUUUGCCAUUCUUUGUUUUCCUGAAGCCAAAUCCGGUGAUUAGAUAUUGAUUAUCAUGAGGAUUUAAACAUCUAUCACUAUCCUGUGUUUCAUACUGGAAGGGGAUUUUCAUUUUCAUUUUAUUUAUUUUACUUGUUUGCCGCCUAUCUCACUACGAGAUUUUUUUGUCAUUUUAGAAAAGCAAAGUAUGUAAAUAUUUUGAUUAGUGAACAGUAAUGCUGUACAUCCGAUUUUUGUUGUUGUUGUUAUUGGAUAAAUAUCCCAGAACAAUGCAGCCUUAAAGCCACAGUGCUUGGCAGGAUUUUUAUGAGUACAAAGAGAUGUUUUUGCAUUCUUGUUUGUAACAACCGUAUAAAUAAUGUGUGAUAAUUUAUUGGGCAUUUCCUUAUAGUGUCCUAAUUCAGGUGUAGCAUGAGAAACUAGCAAGGAAGAGAUGGAAGAAAAUAGACACAGUUAGUGGCCGAUCCAUAUAUUUUAUAAUACGUGAACCAAAAAACAUUCAUUUUAGAGGGAGAAGGUUAUUGUGAUUCACAGUAGCUUCAGUGAAGCAUCGUUUUAGGCAGUGUGCAUCUGGAAAGCAAAAUGGCUUAUCAUCUGUCAAGUAUGACUUGGGAUACUAUUUUCAUGAAUGCUGAAA